AAUCACGAUUUCGUCAAUCAUAUUUAUGAACUUUUGUAUUGCAAUUUAAAUACACAUUUUAAGACUUGUGAAGUACAUAUAAAGUGUUUUAAGCUCAUUUUCGUUCGUGAUUGAUAAAACAGUAUCAGCAAAUUAAAUAUUAGAAACAGAUUCCGUUAAAUAUUCGUGUUAUGAUUUAAUUCUUCCUAUUGAUUUAAAAAUAAAAUAUGUGUCCUUAUGUAAUUCGUGAUAUCGUUAUUUCGCUUUAUCAUCCUGGCUGAAAAUCACGAAUGGGAGAUUUCCCGUUGGUCCACGUGCCCGCGUACCAUCGCGCGUUCGGAUUUUGCAUCCGGCGUGAAUUCAUGUCCGCGUAGUGUUCUGACAAACGCCUGCGCGAAUAUCCUUCGGAAACUCCGUGUUCUCUGGUAGGGGUAGCGCGGGAUUCAGGGGCGAAAUUGCACGGUGGUUGAAAACCGCCGUCGUGGACCAGUCGUACGUAGGCGAUCACGCGGUCACAAGCAAGCCCUCAAUUCCAUGUCGCCGUCUCCCAUCCCGUUUCUUCGAUACGGGCUUCUUCUGAUCAUCGCCUUCGGGAAUGGUGUUUGCGAUGAGCAUGAAUACAGACUGACGAAGCACUUGCUGGACAAAUAUGACGCCGGCGUGAGGCCAGCUAAAAAUUCGUCCCAGCCUUUGCUCGUGGUUUUUGGACUGUCUCUUCAUCAUAUUAUCGAUGUCGAUGAAAAGAACCAGAUACUCACAACCAACUGUUGGGUUACGCAGGUUUGGACCGAUCAUCAUUUGAAAUGGAAUGCCUCGGAAUUCGCUGGAAUUCGAGUAAUCCGCGUUCCCUACAAUCGUGUCUGGCGACCUGACACGAUUUUGUACAACAAUGCGGAUCCACAAUAUAGUUCAGCGGUCAUCAAUACAAACGUGAUCGUCAGUCACACGGGCGAGGUGGUCUGGCUGAGCCAUGGUAUUUUUCGCAGCAGCUGCGACAUAAAUGUGGAGUUCUUUCCGUUUGACGAGCAACGAUGUGCUCUCAAAUGGGCCUCCUGGACGUACGACGGAUAUCAACUCGAGCUGGAAAGACAGAGCGAGCAGGGGGACACUAGCAAUUAUCAGGCGAAUGGCGAGUUCCAUCUCCUGGACUUCACCGCUCGCAGAAACGUCGAGUAUUACUCCUGCUGCGAGGAGCCGUACCCUGACAUCACUUACGAGAUUCGCUUGCGACGACGUCCGAUGUUCUACGUCUUCAACUUGAUCCUGCCCUGCAUACUGAUCAACGGCGUCGCCCUGCUGGUGUUCUACGUGCCCUCCGAGUCGGGGGAGAAAGUCACUCUUGGCAUCUCGGCCCUUCUCUCCAUGACGGUGUUCCUGAUGACCAUUCGUGAAACUUUGCCCCCCACUGAGAAGACGCCGCUAAUAAGUCUUUACUAUGGCGUCAGUAUUUGUCUGGUGUCGUUCGCAUCCGGUUUGGCAGUCGUAACAUUGAAUUUGCAUCACCGUGGUGUGCGGGGCAUACGCGUGCCGAGUAUCGUGAGAUCGCUGGUUUUAGACAAAUUAGCCAGGAUAGUAUUUCUGAAUUUCCAAGAGGAGAAUAGACCGGUAAAACGGAUGCACCAGGAACCGGCGGAACAAUUCCCGAGAAGAAAGAAUUGUCCGCUGCACUGCAAGCCCGAACUGCCGGAGCAGCAUGUAUCCCCCAAAUAUGUAUCGAGAAAAGACGAUAGUAAUAGCUCUAGUCCCAGUCUAGUGUCGAACGAUCGCACAGAUCUCGCAAAGGAAGGUGGCCUUGAGGCGCAUUGGUCCCGGGUCCUUGGAAGAGUGCACGCGACCAUCGAGAGGAACGAGCGGCGCCUGGUCGAGCAGGAUCGCCGGGAAAGGACAGAGUUAGAUUGGAAGCAGGUCGCUUUAGUCAGUGAUCGUGUUCUGUUGUGCAUUUUCUUUCUUACGACAAUCGUCAGCACGGCGGUGAUUUUAUGCGGCUCGCCCCCGACCUCGGAUGCGCCCGGAGAUGGGUAAUCCUUGGACUACCUUGCUUCGACUAAUCGUUUAAUGAUUGGUCGAAUAACGCUUUUCAAGAAUCACCGAUGGUUUUUAAUCCAUUAAUAAUUUUUGUCCCCCAUGCUAAAGAAAAAUAAUUUAGCAGACUCGUUGAUACGAAAGAGAAAAGAAUAUAAUAGUUGCUUGUUUUGCAAUGAGAUGUGUGUUAAUCCGUGCAGAAAAUAAGUGAAUUUUGAGUAAUUAAUGAAAACUGCUAUUUCUACUUGCUGAUACCGUGAAAAGAUUAUUUUGGGACAGACCUAGUUUCUCUUUGCAUUCGCAUGUUUCUUGCACAGAAUGUAUCGUCGUGCAAUUUUAGGUAAAUAUAACGUAUUUAAAAUUUAUAAAACAAAGUAUAUCUCUUGAUCAGAGGUGAAUUUAAGGAAUGUAAGACUGCUGAAUCAGUUCAAACAACAAAUUUUUUUUCGAAAUAAAAAUUGGGGUUUUUUUUUUGAGGAUCAUGAUUUUAAGAAUUCAUGUACGUACCUCAAAAUUACAACUUAAAUUCGCCUCUGUUCUCCCGACAUUUUAUUUAUUUUUUAAAUUUUUUAUUGAACGAACGAAUCAAGAAUAAUUUCGAAGUAGAUAAAACUGUAAAUAUAUCCAUCGAAUUUGUCACAGAGAAUAAAUUAACGACAUCAUAAAUCUGUAAAAGCUCGUUAAUGCGUAAAGAUGUGUUUAUCGAUAUAAAAUAUAAAUAGACUUAGAAAUAAACGUUCUAUAUUAUGAGAAUUCAUCGUCUGUGAAAUAAAUAAUGUAUCGUCAAUAUUGAAAUGUGCUUAAGCAGAGUCGAAAGUAAUAUAAUUUAAGAUAUAAUGGCAAUAAAUAAUGAGA